AUGAAUGUUGACAGCGUAGCAAAUGCCACUUCCUCCAUGAAGAUCGACUCGAACGGAGAAGAACGCCGAAAGAAGACUGAGACUUUGAAAACAGAUGAUCUGUCAAGAAAGAAGAUGAUCAUAGCCUACUUAGAGGGUGAUAGUGCUGCUGCCGCAGGUAAGCUACAUGGAAUCCGUCCAAGAAUGGCUCAGUUGAUCAUAUCAGUGUGGCAGAAGAGCCAGAAUGCCAUGGUGGUGCCUGAGAAGGGGGCUCGCACGACUUCGUCUCCGAUAGAAUUGAGUGAUGAAUCAAGAAAAGCUCUUGUCGAUGAGCUUGACAGGCACCCAGAUAUUCUGGUCGAAGAACUCCAAGAUUUCUUUGGCUCAAGCUUAACCAGCUCAAAUGCUCCAGACAAGUCUUCGACCAGAUCAGCUGCAUUCUCUGGAUCAUCUGAUUCGUCUGGACUAUCUAAGUCAUUAUGA